AUGUCUACUCGGCGUAAAGGUUCUGGGAGGACGUUGCCCUCAAAUCCUGUCACUUCAACGGUGGUAAAGGAUGAAGAAUCUGGAAUCCGUCUGAUAACAGAGGCCAAUCAUGAGUGGGCUGACGAAUACGAAAGAUUGUUACGAGAGUAUGAAGAGCUGAAGGCAUAUAACUACGACAUCGAGAACAAGUACCAUGAAGCCCAGAAAGAAAAUGUCAAGACUAAAAGACAUUUGGAAUUAUCCACGGAAAAGUACAAUCGAGAGAAAGAUAGCCUGACGCUUCAGAAAGAAGAUCUUAAUGCUCAAAACGAGAAGUUGCGUAAAGAACUCCGCGAGAAAAGCGGCAAGAUCGGCGACUUGCAGAAGGUCUUAGUAGAAAGUCAGAAGAAGGCCGACUCGAGCAAGGGGGAGCUUCAGACCAAAGUUAAACAGGUUGAGAAGUUGGAAAACAUCAUCAAUGAUCUUCAAAAUCACACCAUCCUGGAACUCAAGCAGAAGGUCAACAAGUCUGAAGCUGCUCUGGAGGUCCUUAAGAAGAAAACUGGCCAACUUUCGGCAGAGCUUGAUCAGGCUGAAGACCAGCAUGACGAGGAUGAACAGACCAAUGAAAAGCUACGCCAGGAGAAGAACGAGCUCGUCGAAAAGCUCGCUAGGGCCGAGAGUGAGAUCAGAAUGGCCGAAGACGCCCGCGACAAAGCAGAAAAUACCUUGUCCAACUUGCAAAGGUUAGAAAAAUCACUACGAGACAAGAACAGCCAACAGGAGGCAGAGCUACGCGCUUAUGAAGCAAAGAUAAAAGAUCUUGAAAACGAAUUAAACAGGCGACUUUCUGAACCAGAGGAAAAAAGUUACAACAUCACAGUGGUAGAAUCUCAGCCUGUUCUUGAGUCGACGCCUACUAUGUUUUCGUUCGGUGAUCAAUUCAAAGAUGAAAAUGAAAUGCUGAAGAAAAGAUUGCAAGAUUUAAAUGAGAAGGUCAAGCGCCUUGAAGGAGAGAACUACGAUUUAAAGGGGAAACUCGAUGCAGCUUCUAAGGAUAUAAACAAGUGGGAGGCAAAGUACGAAGACGAAAAUCGAGAAAAAAACAAGAUUUCAGCUCAGCUUGAGAAUGAAAAGGGAAAUUAUGGGCGAUUGAAGAAUGAGUACAAUGACCUAAAAAACAAGCUGGCUAAGGCAGAGCGGACCAUUGAUCAUGACAAAAAGGAAAUGAGUAAGAAAGACAAGGUCAUUGAAGAUCUAAGGAUGCGGAUUGAACAACUGGAACGAGAUAUUGCUGACCGAGAAGUCACCAUUUCUAAGCUGGAGUUAAAGAUAGUGCAGUUGGAAAAAGAGAAGGAAAAUCUCCAUGAGCACACUUUGGAACAGCAAAGAAAAUAUUCCGAUCUCGACAGCGAUCACAAAUGCAAUGUAAAGGAGAAAGAAGCCGUUGAAAGAGAUCUUGACAACGUCUCCAUAAGAAUUGGAGAGCUGGAGAGUAAGUUAAGAGAAUCAGAAGAAGAAAAGAACAGCUUGCAAAAAGAAAACGCCGAUUACCAACAGAGGUUGUUACGAUUAGAAGACGACUUGGACACUACUUCUAAGGACAAAGUAGUGUUUGAGUCCCAAGUUCAAGACUGGUCCAACCAAAGCAGCAAGCAUCGCAAGGUUGCUGAUAAUAUGAGGAAGAAGCUUGCUCAAGCUCAGGAAGAGGAAGGGCAGUACAAAAAAGAUUUGGUUCAGAAGAACAACCAGAUUGACGUGCUUAACAGCAAACUGACCGAACUAAAGUCACAGUACGAGAACUGUCUGGCAGACCUCUCCAGUGCUCGCGCCGACAGCGACUAUAAAGAUGAUGAAAUGAAGCAUUUGAAUAAAAAGAUGGACAGCAAAGACAACGAAAUCGGCAAGCUUGAGGCUCAGUUAGAAAAGGUAACUAAGGAAAGGGAUAAUGCUGAAGUUGAACUUGCUGGCGUUCUUGAGAAGUUGCAGCAUAUGGAGCCAAAACGGGCAGGUGGCGAGGAUGUGUUCAAACCAGUCGAAGUGACAUACACAAUGAACCAGCCGCAAGACUUCGAAAAUAACUUAACAGCUCUUCGUCAAAGGAUCUACGAGCUUGAAAAUGAAAAUAAGAGGUUGCAAAACGUUGAAGAACACCUUAACAGCGACAACAAAGGCCUUGAAAACAUGAUCGCCUCAUUGCAGAGAGAGCUGAACUCUCUAAGGGCAGAAAACGAAGACUGGGAGAAAAAAGCAGCAGACAUGAGGAACAAAAUCAACGCUUUGGAGAAAGAAGAAGAUGAGCUUAUGGACACCAAUACGGACUUGAGAGAGCAACUGGAGGACUUGGCCCCACAAGUCGAGAAGUUGUCGAAGAAGGUGGAAACCCUAACUCUUGAACGCGACAAUCUGAGGGAAUACCUUAGUCAAUCGAACACGAAACUCACUCAAAGCAAAGCAGACUACAACAACAAACACCUUGAUUUAUCAGAACAGAUCAAAGUCAACUCCACCCUUGGAAAGGCUGUGAAGAAGCACGAAGCUUCUUUAGACUCAUUGAGCAAAAAAUGCAAGGACCUGGAGGAAGAACUAGAGAACUUGAGGCCUGAACUAAGGGCGCAAUUAGCAAGAAAUGAGACACUAUGCGCUGAAAACAAAGAAAUAGAUAGCCGUAAUAAAGUGCAGAAACGCAAGAUUGACGACUUACAAAAAGAUCUACGUGAGGAGAUUGAUGCAAAAGAGCUGCUUCAACAAGAUGUUGAGUCGUUGACGUACAAGUUGAACAUCGCUGAGGCAAACAACAAGGCGUUGAUCAAGCAAAGGAAUGAUUUACAAAGUCAAGUUGAUGAAUUGGAAAACAAACUACGGAAAAUGAAACCAGAGCUUGAACAGUCUCGUAACAAGAUAAAGGAGAAAGACCGCAUCAUAAGCCGUUUAGAGGCAGAUGUGAAAGACAAAGAUUCACAGCUUAACGCACUCAAACGUAAGGUCUCUACUCUGGAGGAGACAGUUACGUCCUUGAGAAAAGAGGUGGAGGCUCAUAAAAGUGCCAACGAAAUUAAUCGUAAUCGCGUAAAAGAGCUUCAAAUCCAGCUUCAGGAGAUGGGUAACAGUAUGCAGUCUGCCGUGGCGAAUGUGUCUGUCGUUCAGUCCGCACCUCCACAAAGCUUCAGAGAAGAAAGGAUUCGCAAUACACCUGACGAAAGGGUUCACGAGCUGGAGACACUACUCAGGAAGAGUGAGGCUCGGGAAGAUCAGUUGAAAGAACAGCUUCAGCCCCUUGAGAACCGUCUUCCUAAAGCAGAAGCAGACGCUAAGAAAGCUCAAGAGAAAGUAAUUGAGAUUCAGCACAAUAUGAGUACACUGCAGAGGAAGCAAGAUGAUCUCAGAAAAAUGUUAGACAGAAGCAGUCGCGAGAAGGAAGAUGCCAAGAAGGAGCUGAUGGAGGCUCGAACACAGAUAACAGUUUUGGAAACCAAGUCCGUAGCAGAUGCAAAUGAAAUUUCAUCUCUACAAAGUCAGCUAGACCAGGCCCACCGUCGUCUAGAAGAGACACAAGAAAAACUGCUCGCCAUUGAUGAAGAUCAUGUACAUCUCCGCCUUGCCCUUGAUGUUCAUGACAAAGAAAAGGAGGAACGAAAUGCCCAUGUUGGAAGACUGCAAGUGAAAAAAACUGAUUUAGAAAAAAGGAUCGAAUUCUUGGAGUCUAGUUUAAAGUCAAGCCAAAAUACAUGCGAGUCUUUGAAAGAGGAGAGGGCAAAGGCGCUUCAGGAACUGAAUGACCUUCGACGAACAACACUGACGGAUUUAAAGAAGAACUUAACCCGCAUGCAAGGAGAGAGAGAUCGUGCUUUGGAAGACUGUAGGAUAGCGACGUCGAAAGUGGACGAUCUGGAAAAUCAGUUGUCUGAGUCCCAGAACAUAAGAAAGGAACUUGAAAGAGACAACGACGAACUGGAAGCAGAAAAAAGACAACUGAUGAACGAAAUCGAAAUAAACCGUAAGAAGAUCGAGGACCUGGAGGAUAAAAUCGAGGUAUUAAACCUGGAACUUCAGCGAGACGAAAAAGACUUAGAGGAGCUGAGAGAUGAAAAAAACAGGCUUGAAGAUGAGAAUGCAGAUCUCCAUGUUAAACUGGCAGAGAAGCAAGAUGUCAUCAAUAUUGCGCCUAUGCAAGUCAGCAACGUUGAAACAACAUACGCAGCAGCCCCAGGAUUUGAUUUCGGUUCAGAUCCAGAUGCUUUAACUGACCUUGAAGACGAAAAUGCGGAUCUCAAGGAAAAGCUAAAAAGGGGUGAAAUGGAAUACGAUGUUUUAUGUGAGCAACUAAAUGAUUACAAAAACAAGCUGGGAGAUUCUGAAGGUAAAAACCACCGCCUCGAGUCCAACCUUACAUAUUCAGAAAAUCGUGUAAAGGAACUUGAGAAGAAGUUACCAGAGGCUAUUGACGAGCUCAAUUUAGUCAACGACAAAUAUCAAUCUGCUGAACGCGAACUCGAGCUGUUAAAAGACGAACUGCACGAUGCACAGACCAAGUUAAGUACUGCCGAGGCACAGCAAGCGGCUGGAGUUGCCAAACUGAGAGCACUACAGCGGCAAUUGGACGCGGCCCAGAAAGACCUUCUAGACAAAAAUGACGACGUUAUUGAAAAACAACGCAAAAUAAACGAGCUUUACGCUAUUCUAGAGAGCGGAGACAAAGACUCUGAUCGCUUGAAGCAAGUUAUCGAGGAGUUAAGGGAAGACGUUGACGUUAAGGACAGAGAGAAUACAAAGCUACAAAAGGAGCUUCGUAUCGCACAGGACAACCUUGCCAAACUUCAAGCCCUGUUGGAAGACAUGGAAGCGAAGUUGCAUGAUACAGAGCAUCAGCGGGAGGAGUACAAAAUGAAGGCCAACGGGCUGGAAGUUGAGAUUGAGAUGAGGGAUAAAGCUCUGGAGGAAGCACAACGUGAAGUGGAUGACUACAGGGAUAAACUCAAAGCGGCAAAGAAAGAGAUUGAGGCCUUGCGCAGUCAACUAAAGGAAGCUAAUGUCAGCCUAAAAGCCGCCAAUGACGAAAAGAGGAUACUUGAAGGUAGGAUCAGUGAUCUCCAAGCAAUCAUAGAGCAGUUGAGGAAAGAGCUCUCAGCUAAGAGCUCUGCAGUUGUUCCUAAAUCUGGAGCUAGCGAUGCACACCUACAGGACCUUAGAAAUAAGCUUGCGGAAUACCGUAAAAAAUACCAGGAUAUCAGCAACGAAAAGAUGAAACUCGAGUUAGAACUCCGAGAGAAGGAUGUCAAGAUUUCACAAGCGUCAGGUCCGUCCGAUACAUUACGUGAAGAGCGAGACCGUCUUAAGGACGAGGUUAUAAACCUGCAAGCUACCCUCAAGGAAAUGAAGAAAAAUUAUCAAAGAGCUCAAAGGGAUGUUGAAGAUCUGCAACGCCAACUGGUGUCAAAAGACAGUGAGAUCAAGCGCUUGGAAGAUAAAAUUGCAAAAUUGGAGGAUGAAAAAGAGAAACUUAAAAAAGUUUGUGCUGAUCUGGAGAGGCGAAACUCAGAUUUAAAGGUCAUUGACGAGAAGCUUAAAUAUGAGAAGAAAAAAGCAGAAAAUGACCUUUCUCUGCUAAAGAUGAAGUUUCAAGCCCUGCAAAAUCAACUGAGCACAGUGGACGUUCCCAAACAGAACCAAGAUGUCGUGAGCAGGAAAAAGUAUCAAGAUUUGGAAGCAAGCUGCCAAGAUGCCGUGCGUGAGAAGGAGAGAGCAAAAAGUGAUAUGACCGCUUAUCGCACCAAGAUGGCGAGGUUAGAGGCUGAACUGAACGAGCAAAAGAGGGAAAAGGAUGUUUUGGACGAUGAACUGCAUAGAUUAAGAAACGGCGAAGCAGAACUGAAAAACAAGCUACAAACAUCAAGGGACAGACAUAAGGAAGACAAAGAUAAGAUGUUGAAGUGGCGUCAGGAUAAUUUCUCGCCUCUAGAACAAGAACUUAAAAGAGCUAAAGGACAAAUCACGAGACUCGAAAAGACGAACGCAAGCCAGGAGCACGAAAUCGCAGAUCUGAAAGACGAACUUGCUGAUCGUGACAAGAGAAUUGCUGAGUUGGAGGAGGAGCUCGAGAACCAGGACAUGACUGACACUAUACCUCUAAACUCGAUUGAUAUAAACGUUAAAGGAGACCUUGAAGCACUUCAAAAGGCUUUAGAUGAGAAGGCAGAUGUAGAGAAGGAAGCUAAAAGGCUUAAAAGCAAACUUUGGACCGUAGAGCACGACAUGGACAUUCUCAAGACAAAAGUAGCUCAACAAGAAAAGAUGGUAACUGAAGUGAACAACAUGAACGACAAGCUAAAAGACGAGAUUAGACAGCUGAAGAAAGGCACUUGGGAUCAACAAGGAUCCUACAACAAGCUCGUCAAAGAGAAUAGCGAACUUCAGUAUCAAGUAAACACGUUGACCGAGGACAAAGAAGAACUGGAAAAAGACAUUCGGGAGCUACGCGACGAGCUGAAAGACGUUAGAGCCGAAAAUCGAAGAUUGAUGGCGGAGAAUAAGGAGCUAAAACUAGAUAUACAGCAGUUAGAGCUCAAGCUUCACGAGGCAGAAUUAGGUCGUAAGAUGGCAAACGACGACAACGAGAAAAUGCGCAGUGAUUUGAUACAGGCUCAAAGUGAGAACGCUGAUCUGAAAGACAGUUUGAACAGACCAGCUGAUGACAUUAUUCAGGUUCAGACAGUGCAAGCAGUAGAAAGUGCCCCGCCCAUGAUGUUUGACGAUGACGUAGACGGGAUAAAGAGAGACAAAGACAAAUUGCAAAUCGAGUUAGAAGCGGCUGAGGAUCAAGUUAAAAUGCUGCAGAAUGAACUAGAAGACAAGCAGAGCAAGAACGAGCAAAUUCAAGAGGACCUAACGGAAGCCAGAAGAAGACUUAAAGAAAAUGAUGCAGACAUAAAGAAGCUGGAUGCAGACGUCGAUCAUCUACGCCACGAGCUUAACCUGGUGAACCAAAACUAUGAUGAUCAGUGUAACGAGAACAGAGUUCUGUUGGAUGAUAAAGACAAACUUGAGUCGGAGUUGAGAGAGGUGCACACUGAAGUUAAAGAUUUGGAAGCACAGCUGCAAAAAUUAGCUAAGGAGAAAGCCGACUUGGAGCGCGAUUUGAAGAGGAGCACCAAAGUUACAAUUGAAAGAAGGCCUUCGCGAGAUCUCCACAAUGAAAAGGAAAAGAGAAUCAAGGAAUUGUCAGAGAAAGUUGCACAGCUAGAGCGCGAAAUACAGAAAGGUACUAAAGAAUACUCUAUGCUGAGAGAAGAGAAUGACGAUCUGGAAGAGAAGAUCAAUAAUCUGAAAGACGAGAACAACUUCCUCCAUACCAGGUUGUCCCAGCUGGAACACGAUACCAAGAGGGAUGGUAACAAGAUUGACGAGCUUGAGAGAGAGAUCCAAGAACUGCAAGAUCAGUUAGAAAAACAAGGAGGAAGUGGUGAAUCAGGAAAUGAUGAACUGCUUAUGGAGAAGAAAAAACUUAACGACAGAAACAACAAGUUACAAAACGAUCUGAACCAAGCCAAGCAAGACAUAACCGAGUACAAAAACCAAGUGGCAGAGUUAAAGAAACAACUAAACGAGUUCGAUGACAGCUCUAAGCAGCUUUCUGUGCAAAUUACGAAGUUUGUGGGAGAUCAAAGCGAUACGCUCAGAAAGGAGGUCCAGGAGAAAGACGAUAAAAUUGAAAAACUACAGCAAGAGAAGCUCGAAGUAGAAAUGAAAUUGGAACGUCUUAAGGAAGAAAUGGAGGUUGGAAAAUCUGCUCUCGGCGACCUCCAGAAACAGAAUGAAACCCAGAAAGAAUACAUUAAGACCUUGACUGACGACAAAAACAAGCUUGACAACAGACUUGUUGAAGAAAUGAACUUUAGCAAGGUAAAGAUUGCUGAGGUUGAAGCUGAACAAGACAUCCUGAAUAAGAAGCUUAAGGACAAAGACGACCUCAUCAAGAAAUAUGAUAAGCAGGUCCAGGAUUUACGAGAACAGCUGGCUACAUCUGUUCCCAGCGAUCAGGCUUCCACAACUUUGAUCAUGGACGUAGACAAGCGACGAAAGCACCGUCAGCAUAGUUUAAUGCUAUCCUAUCAAGAAGGGUUGAUGAACAGACCUGUUGGGCUAUACCGCUCGACGAGUGAAAGCAGUCUUCCUAACGGGGACGUCUCAAGGUCAAUCGACUUCAGCAGGAGCGACUCAGAGCACUCUCAGUUUGGUGAGCUUCUUGGUAAGGAGAUCCCACACGGCAAACGAAGUGGCAGGACCAGUGAACCUCGAGAUCACGUUGGCGAGACCGUGGAGGCCUCCACUAAAGUCUCCACAGAGUCUGAACCCGACUAUGCCGCCCAGCUGAGGAGCAGCACCCCAGUCUUAGAAGAAGAGGACAAAAGAAGUGGAGGGAGACCAUCUGACAGAACUUCAGGAUCUCGCUAUGGAGACCGCCACAAUACCCGAGACAGCAGCGGCAGAGACAAAGACCGCGACGCCGAUACCAGCAGAACCAGAGCAUCUGACAGGGACAGGCGUAGCUCAGAUCGGACACGCGAUCGAGAUAGAUCCGAAUGCAAGCAAAAUUGA